AGUCACUUCAGUGUUUGCAAAUAUUGUCAGCACCACUGAGCAGGUCCUCAGCUCCAGGAGGAGUCCUCAGCCUUGUGUGUGUGGGGGGGUUUCUAUUUUUUUUUUAAGUGCUAUGCAAUGACAUUUGCAUGAAAACCUGGAGGACUUGUGAUUGCACUCUGCUGGGAUCUGUACCUUUUUAUAUCUAUUAUUAUUAUAAUAAUUUUUUGCAAGCCCUGGAUUAUCUCUGAGCCUCCUAUAUGGUAGCAGUUCUGAUUUUUGAAGAAACCCUUUAGAAGUCUCUGUUAGAUUUUGUAUCCCUCCCCUUGGAUCAUGGAUGUUCUACCGAUGUGCAGCAUUUUCCAGGAGCUUCAGAUCGUGCACGACACCGGCUACUUCUCCGCGUUACCAUCUCUGGAGGAAUAUUGGCAACAGACUUGCCUGGAACUAGAACGCUACCUGCAGAGCGAGCCUUGCUACGUGUCGGCCUCUGAAUUCAAAUUUGACGGGGAAGAUGAGCUUUGGACCAAAUUUAUUCUGUCGUGUGAGAAAAAGGAGGAACCGAACCCCCAAAUUAUCUGUAUCAAAACGGAGGACAUCUCUGACAGUCAAAAUCUAGAGACCAACAGUUUGAACUCUGAUGUCAGCAGCGAAUUAUCAGACAGCUCGGAAGAGCUUUCACCGACUUCCAAAUUUACCUCAGACCCCAUUGAUAUGGUGAUCAAAUCUGAACCUUUUAGCUCGUCUGUCACUUCUACUCCACCAUCGUCACCAGAGCAGGGCAAGGAAUCUCACCAUCAUUUGUGGAAUGCCAUCACUGGGGAGCUCCAUUCACCUGAGAAACUGAGGCCUGGUUCAUUCAUAAAGACACUUGAUCAAGGUAGCCCAACCAGUGGUGGUGAAACCUCGCCAGACAGCAGGAAACGCGUCCAUAAGUGUCUCUUCAACGGUUGCAAGAAAGUUUACACCAAGAGUUCGCACCUUAAAGCACAUCAGCGCACUCAUACAGGAGAGAAGCCUUACAGAUGUUCCUGGGAAGGUUGUACGUGGCGUUUUGCAAGAAGUGAUGAACUGACCAGACACUUCCGAAAACACACUGGUGCCAAACCAUUUAAGUGCACACAUUGUGACAAAUGCUUCUCCAGGUCAGAUCACUUGGCCCUGCACAUGAAGCGACACAUAUGAAUGAGGAAGUCACCUGAUUAAAGCGGCUUCAAGGUUGAAUUGCCUUGUGCGAGGGAUGCGAGUUCCAGCCAAAGCAUGCCAGUUUGCACCCUAACCAGUUGCCUUCAAGACCUCACUUCUUCAAGGGGCUUUGCAGGGCUUAUCAAUCGUGUAAGAUGCAGCAUAGCAACCAUACAGUGCUACUUCUGGAGCUGACUGGGCCCGUGCACUAUUGGUGCUUAAUCUUCUGAGUGGCUUGAGUUAAGCCGUCGCCGUGAGCAUGUGCACUGAGAAUGUUAAUGUUUGGGUGACUGAAUGGUGAAAAGGAGCCAAUGUCUGAAUGUUGAAGACCUCGUUUUUGUUUUGUUUUUUUGUUUUUUUUCGUCUGGUUGAGUUCAGUUGCAAGGGAUUACGAAAAAAAAAUGUUUAAAAGAAAAAAAACAAAAAAAAAAAACGGUUUGAAUGUUUUUGUAUGCUAUUGCAUACUCGUUAUAUGGGACAACCAUCAAUCAUUCUACUUGAGGGGGAGAUCAGCUUCUUAAUUGAAGGAAGCAGUGACCCCACCCCCUUAAAAGGAGAUGAUCCCUUUCCUGUGUGAGAGGAACUUUUGUUGUCUGGUGCAGCUAUUAAACGUGCAAUGUGUCAAGUAGCUUGUUUCUACUGGCUACAGAGAUUGUUUGUAACCCAUUGUAUAAGCUGUGUAUUUACCAAUAUAACACAACUAUAACGUCAUUAUAAUAGAAAGGUAUUGCAUGGUUCAGGGGGAAAUGUGUACGCUUCUCCAUAAUUUAAUCAGGACUGCAGUUAUGAUUCCAGUUGAGAGCAGCUAAAAUACAAUUGGUCUGUUGUUACAUUACUUAUGUGUAGAAUAAAACAAAAAAAAAGAAAAAUUUUAAAAAAAAAAAGUGGAAGAAACCACUAUAGCUUAAAACUGAUUUUUCUCAUGCAGCUAAUUUUUUCUAUUAUUUAUGCCUUGAGGACUAAUUUCCGGUUUUUCUAGCUGUUGACGCACUAUUGUCCUUAAAAAUGGUGCCUUAUGCAAGUGGCCUUCUCCAGUGAUGGAUGGGGGUCAGAUACAGGGGUUUAAGUGAUGUAAGCUUACUUAAGGCUCUGUUGUCACCCAAGGGUGUACUUUUUUUUUUUCUCUCCCCUCUUUAGACACACAUGGGUUGUAUGUCCUAAACUGGUGCAAGACUGUUUUUUGUAAUCCAUAGCACCCGGUCAGGUAUUCUCAGUCGAGGAGACUGGGACUAACUGAUAUGAGCGGUUCCAUAUUGCGCCAUUUUAUUACGCCACGCUGUAGUCCAAAUGAACACGCAUCAAGGCAGUAACGUACGGCCUAAGACUUGUCGCUGUUUGCCUCUUCUGUGCCUACGUGUGUCUUUACCUUCCCGUACUAUGUUGUUCGCUCAUGUUAACCGUAAUCUGCUUCUCGGAACACACCGAUCUGUUCAGAGCUAUCGCUUUACACCUGCUCUACAUGAAACUUGCACAAAUGUAUCUGUAUCCAUACAUGCACUUAAUAUGUAAACUGCUCAUAUACUUGUCAAGGUACAAAAUGUGUUAGUUUGGAAGGAUAUCUCUUUUUUUAUUUUAUUUUCCACUUCUUUUAUUAUCCAUUUCUAUAUUAAUCCCACAUCCACCAAAACAAAUGUAAAACUGGCAAUUUUUUUAUUUUUCAAUUAUCUUCCAGUCUCAAAAUUUGAUAAAUGUGCACUCUACAGCUGAAAAUUUACUAGGCCUAUAGGUUUCUUUUAUUUUUUUAUAUAUAUAUUUUUAUUUUUAUUUUUUUCUGGGGGGAUGCAAGCCUAUGUAGUCUUAGGUCACUGAGUGUUAAGAGCUGUAUUAAGAGUUUGACUAUAUAUAUUUUUGUAAUAUGUUAUUUAAUGUCUAAACAGAAAAAAAAAUCCUGUAUAAUAAACUUUAAAGUUGAUAUCCUGAGCGUUUGUAGAUUUUAGCUAUCAUUUUGUUAUUUUCUCAUAGUAGAAAUAAUGAAAAACAAAAUCCCUGCAUUUAUUUGCAGUGACGUGAACUUGUGUCUGCCAAAGAUGAAGCUGGGCAGCGAAAUCCGUUGUCCUGCUUUAUCUCGCAGUCUAAAAAGUUCCACGUGUCGCCACCAGCAUCGGCAUGUUAUCGUCUUUCAGGAAGGUGCACACAUUAAAGACGGCAUAAUCUAAUAUGGUUGCCAUUUUCAAUUUUUUUUAUUUUUAUAGAAUUGGUCUUUUUGACAUUCAAAUUCCUUGUACCCUUGGUACAAAUAGCAGUUGGUCAGCGAUGCCAUUCAUUUAGAUCACAUCUUCACUUCCAUUCCAUGAAAUGGCCAUCGACGUAUGUUCUUAAAGCAGCUGUCCGUUGUGGCUGUUGCAUUAAACACGGUCAUCCUAGGGUUAGCUAAUAUGGCGACAUGUAAUAGACAUCAGCACAGCCUAUGUAAAAGGAGUGGGCAUGCUCUUCUGGUGAUGUCACCUGCCAGCUUCUGCACGCCCACUUCGUUUCUGAAGCUGAGAACAUUGGACACCCUUUCUGAGGUGCCCACACAAAUUGAUAAAAAUUGCGUUCAUCCAGUUUAGUCAUAAUAAUUUUUAGUAAAUUGAUCCAAAUUUUUUAUUUUUUUUAAGAGGCUAUGUAAAUCAGGAAGUAGAAGUGUUUAAAAUAAAUAAAAUAUAUAAUUUUUUUUAUUUUUUUAAACCAUGUUGUCUUUAAUGUGUGACUUGCUGCUUAUGGCAGUGUUUUAUACCUUUUUAAAGGUACAUUUACUAAAAAUAAAAAGUGUUGUAAACGUAUUGGCCUUUUAACUAACCGUUUCCUUUUAAACUUACUGUGUAAGUAAAUUGUCAUUUUCAGUUUGGUUUUGGCAUAAAACCAGUUAAGCUGGCUCCUCCGCUUUUUUUCUUUUUUUUUUUCAGUUUCACAUGAUUGUGUGGAGAAGUCAAGAAAAUUAGUCUUUGUAGAAGGCAGAGACUAGUAGCAUUUCUGAACAUGUUGUUGUGUUUUUUUUUUUUUUUUUUUAAGUGCUCAAAGUUCAGCCA